AUGGCCAGCUACUUCCCGCCUAACGCACAUCUUGCAAGCCAUGCAUCGUCAACAAGGAUGUCUUCUCCAGCUUCGUCCCCGCUCUCUCCGCCGAAUCAGCAGCGAUCCAAUGCCUUGUCCAACCGAUUGACAAGUGUACUUUCCGCAUCGUACGCGGAUUCGGACAUUCGCGAUGCUCUAGAGACUCUCAGUCUCCGGGGCAUCCACAAUACCGCAGAAGUUCGACGGCAGCUUCGUCUGGAUGUGCAAAAAGAGGUCGUCGAUUGUAAUGCGGAGAUUGUGCGCGACUUCGGGAAGGUUGCGGAGCAACUGAAGCGGAUCGGGACGGUCAUCACAAAUCUUAAUCAAACAUGCGAGGAGAUGCGCAAACACAUCGUCCUCGCCAAGCAGGACACAACGCCCGUUCUCGAAGAAGCGUCCGCGUUGAUGAGGCAAAGGACCGAGGCGGAGACCAAACAACAGCUGCUGAAUGCGUUCACACAACACUUUAUUGUCCCGGAAGAGGAAUUGCUGGUGCUGACAGCUGUCGAGGAGCCCAUUGAUGACCACUUUUUUGAAGUCCUUGCCCGCGUGAAGCAGGUACACCGGGACUGUGAAGUGCUGCUGGGCGGGGAGAACGAGCGGCUGGGUCUGGAGCUCAUGGAGAAGAGCACUAGGAGCCUGAACUCCGCCUAUCAGAAACUCUACCGUUGGAUUCAGAAAGAGUUUCGGUCUUUGAACCUGGAAGACUCUCGCAUCAGCAGCUCUAUCCGGCGCGUCCUGCGCGUGCUGGCGGAGCGACCCAGCUUGUUCCAUAGCUGCUUGGAUUUCUUCGCCGAAGCUCGCGAUUAUGUUCUCUCCGAUGCCUUCCAUUAUGCUCUUACGGAUGCGGUUGCUGGAGGUGGAGGCGACCGCCAGGUGAAACCCAUCGAGUUCUCCGCUCAUGACCCUCUGCGAUACAUUGGAGAUAUGUUGGCCUGGGUGCACUCGACGACCGUCUCGGAGCGGGAAGCCCUCGAGUCUUUGUUCGUCGAUGAUGGCGAAGAGCUCGCCAAGGGCAUCCAGGCCGGCCUGAGCAGCGAGCCCUGGUCACGUAUCGACGAAGACCAAGAAGUCACCUUCGACGGACAGAAGGCCCUCAGCGAUCUCGUCAACCGUGACCUUGUCGGCGUCUCACGGGCGCUCCGCCAGCGCGUCGAGCUCGUUGUCCAAGGCCACGACGACCCUGUCACAUGCUACAAGGUGGUCAACCUGUUGUCAUUCUACCGCUCCACCUUCGCUAAACUCCUCGGAUCCCAAUCCAGUCUGGCCGAGCUCCUCGAAACGCUAGAGAAGUUCACCUUCCGCCACUUCGAAACCCUCAUGCAAGAAGAAGUCAACAGCCUCUCAAGCGACCACUCGGCCCUCGCCCCGCCCAACGAUCUCUCCCCACCGCAAUUUUUGCAGGAUGCCCUCGAAUCGCUCACCCUCCUCAUGAAAUCGCACGACAUCUCCUUCGGCGCCGAGGAACAACCCCCCACCCCCUACAACGACAGCAACGGCGCCCAAGACCCGAAGCCUAACAGAUUCACCCCGGUCCUCCGCUGCGCACUAGACCCAUUCCUGGACCUCGCCAAAUCCACAGCCCAGGACCUACCUCCGACCCCGCAAACCAUCUACCUCACGAACAUCCACCUUGCAACCCGCGCCGCCCUAACCCCCUACCCCUUCGCCAGCGCAACCCACCUGCCGGCACUAUCAUCAGCCCUCUCCACCCUCCGCAUGGACCUCCUAUCCAUCCAACACCAAUACCUCCUCACCGAAUCAGGCCUGCAAACCCUCCUCACAGCUCUAGGACCGUUCUCCCCGUCCGCCCCCCCCAAAUCCCCCUCCAACAAUGACAACCCUACUCUACAAAAACCCCAGUUAUCCGACAUCGCAGACAUCACCGCCCUCCCAGCCUUCCAGCCCGAGGCCCUCAUUCGCACAAGCCAACAGCUCGACGACUUCCUCCCCUCGGCCCUGAUGGACGCAACGGACCAUCUGAAGCGCGUGCAGAGCGCCACGUUCGUGAAAAGUGUCACUGAGGAGGCGGUCGAGGCGUUCUGCCGGGACUUUGAGUUCGUGGAGGGGAUGAUUAUCGGGGCGGAUGAGGCGCGGAGGAGCGUCGUUCGGCGGGGUAGUGAUGGGGGGGUUGUAUCGGAACACCAUGAUGAUGGUGAUGGUGGUGACAGGGAUGGAGAGGCGGACGAGGAAAAGGGCGAGACAGAAUGGGGGUUGAGGAAGUUGUUCCCUCGGACUACGGGGGAGAUUCGGGUGUUGUUGAGUUAG